AUGCAGCAUGCAUCAACUCUUCCGAACAAAGAACAAGGAUUGACAGUGUACGUUUUGCCUUAUCGAAAAGAAGCGAUGGCGGAACCGAAAGUUCAGGUUCUGUACGAAAUCUUUAAAUGGACUGGAGAGAGUGUAGAUGAGAUGAAUAAAAUCAACGGCCUGAUGCAGUUAUUGGAACAAUUCGGAGCUCAGCCGAAAGGUGACCAGAAAUACUGGCCAACCGCAACCAUCUGCUUCGCAACGGUGAAGGUGAGCCUGCAACCAAAGGAUGAGACAUCCUCUCCUAGCACGGAACAUUCAAGUGCUUUCUAUUGCGGAAUACAUGGUUGUGGAGGUGACAACUACCAUACUGAAUUACAGCUCAUAAAAUGGAUUAAAGACCUUAAUAUCUCGCCAAGCGAUAUUGAGGAAAUCCAGAUUUAUAGCAACCAUUCCCCUUGUAUGGCGUGUUGCAAUCGUCUCCUGCAACUGCAGGAUCGGGAUUCCCCGAUCCCCCUGCAGAAAGUAUCUCUUUCUUUCCGACGAAAAUAUCGGAAAAGCUAUAUUAAUCAGGAGGAACAUGAAGAACUUGAUGGAUUAUUGAAAAAUAAAAUGAAUAAUUUCCUCGAGUUGCAAAAGGAAGAUAUUGAAUGUUUUAGGAGCAAGUUUUUGGAGUACCUGGAGAAAGAGGUGAUCAAGGAAAAACCCACAGAGGAAGAAAUGAAAAUGACAGAUGAGUGGUUGGAUGGUUUGAAUCCCGUGCAGGGUAUCCUUGAUGAAGUGGAAAGUGAAACCUAUUAUCAGGAAUCGAGUAGUGACUGACGAAAAUUAAAGUUACUCUAUUGGAAGCAGAACUGAACAACAGAUGUACGCGAGUGAAAUGAAAGUCAAUGAAUCAUAUAUGAAAGAAAAAGUAGACUGUUUAUAUUUGCAUGGUUACAACUUGGAACGAACGAUCAGUGG